CUUACAUUCAUUUGUAUCCUUCCUCAGACAUGCCUUGGCAGAAGACAUUUGCCUUGCCUGAGUGCGGAAAGGGCAUGCACCUCAUCCAGCGCGAGGUGCUGCAAGCGUGCCAGGAUGGUCUGAAGGACAUCAAAAUUGGGAUAUUCACACUAUCAUGCCUUCAUACUUCCGCUGGCCUGACGGUGAAUGAGAACUUUGAUCCGGCCGUGAGACGAGACAUGGACAUGGCACUCGAUAGAAUUGUGCCCGAAUCCUUCCCCUGGGAGCACACUGACGAAGGCCCGGAUGAUUCUGUAUCGCAUCUCAAAACUUCCAUUGUCGGCAACUCGGUGACCAUUCCAAUCAGCAAUGGGCGCCUUGUCCUAGGUCAAUGGCAAUCCAUCUACCUGUGCGAGUUCAGGGAGAGCGGCGGAUUCGGACAGAAUGGACAAGGCCGCAAAGUAGUUGCGACUAUUCUACCAUGAGGCAAGCGAUUUCGUGAUGCAUGGUCGUGAUU